AUGCAUUGCACUGCAUCGCUUUGCUUUGCUUUGCAUUGGAGCCCCUCAUUCCUUAACCUUUGCUAUUCUCAUGGCCAAUUGGAUGGGAUCCUAGAGAAGAAACAGGGGAACAUCCCUAUUUCGGAGCUUAGGCUUGCACCAUCCAUAUAUGCUCUUCGUUUACUAGCACCCACCAUUCCCCCCACCCCAUCCUCUCUUUAUCCCUCUCUCUCGAUCUCUCUGAUUAUCAUCAUGGCUAUGGUGAUAGACCAGCGGCAAGCCGAGCAGCAACAGCAGCAGCAGGUCUACAAGCAUUAUUGCAGGAUCUGCAAGAAGGGCUUCGGCUGCGGCCGCGCCCUAGGCGGACACAUGCGCGCCCAUGGCCUCAUUGACGAUGCAGCCGGCACGUCUGCUGAUGCGGACGACACGUCUGGAUACGGCGAAUGGGAUCGGGAGAAGCUCAGCGGUGGCGGUGCCACCAAGCGCAUGUACGCCCUCCGCACCCACUCCAACCGCCUCAAGAGCUGCCGCGUCUGCGAGAACUGCGGCAAGGAGUUUAUAUCCUGGAAGUCCUUCCUCGAGCACGGCAAAUGCAUUUCCGACGACGAGGCUGGCGAGGACGACGACGACGAUUCCUCGUUUCCAUCUUCCCCACGCUCCUACGAUGAUGACCUCGUCGGCUGGUCCAAGGGAAAACGCUCCCGGCGCACCAAGGUGGCGAUGACCGAGGAGGAGGACCUCGCCAAUUGCUUAGUCAUGCUCUCGUCCGCCCGCGUGGACCCCGUCUUCGCUCUCAUCGAAACCGAAGAGUCUUGCGCCUCCGCCAGCAAGGAGGACGACCGGAGAAGGAAUACGGUUAAUACCAAUGCCACAGGGGUCGUCGAGGCCACAGCGGCGACGACGCCAAAGGCGCUUCCCCCUCCAUUCGCUCUGCAGGCGCCGCCAGCGGUCCCCAAGGGAUUGUUCGAGUGCAAGGCGUGCAAGAAGGUGUUCACCUCCCACCAGGCGCUGGGCGGCCACAGGGCCAGCCACAAGAAGGUCAAGGGCUGCUUCGCCGCCAAGUUAAGUGCCCUCGAUGAGACGCCGUCGCCGCCAGCUGACGAGGAGAUCAUCAUUGCCACUCACAAUAUGAACAAUGCGAGCAGUAGCGACCAAAUGGCGGAGGCGUCGAUGUCGAUGGCGCUCGUGCCCAUAGAAAACCCGGCACCCUUGGCCGUCGCACCGGUGGCAAAGAAGAAGUCCAAGGUGCACGAGUGCUCGAUCUGCCACCGCGUGUUCACGUCAGGGCAGGCGUUGGGAGGUCACAAGCGCUGUCACUGGAUCACCUCCAAUUCACCGUCGGACCCGACCCUGAAACUCCAACCGCUCCCGGGCCACGCCGGCCUCCAUCAGCAGCUCACCCUCCGACCAAUGUUCGACGCCAAUUCCAACUCUGAGCAUUUCGAUCUCAACAUGCCGCCAAUCAACGACGCAGUUAGGAGAGACAUCGGAAGCUCAUUGCGGCUUGAGAUUCCUGCGGCCAUCUACCUGCGCUCGUGGAUUAAUGAUCGUGAUAACGCGAGCAAAAACAGAGCUAGCAUUACCACCAGCAGCGACAUGAAGAACAAUAACAAUGAUCAGAACCACACCACCACCAACAUCCACAAUAAGGAUAAUAUCACCUGCAACGAGAUAUCUAGUUUCAACCAUGUGGAGGAUGAGGUGGAAAGUAAGGUGAAAUUAGCUAAGUUGAGUGAACUCAAGGACAUUAACAUGGGGGAAGAGAGCUCCGACUGGCUGCAGGUGGGGAUUGGCUCUUCUGCCAAUGAAGGCAGUGAAGCAUGA